AUGUUUUUUCAGACACUGCAAAUAUCCGAAGUGUACGUGAAAGAGGAUACGCCCUUUGAAUGGUCUCCUGCUUAUAGGGACGAAAAUCUUGCUGAGCGAAUUGAAGAGUACAACAAAACGAGUGAGGGAUUGUCUAUGAAGAUGUACAAAUCCAUCUAA